AUGGAACAAAAUUCAAUUGAUAAAAGUUUAAGAAAUGUAUUGUUUAUAAAUAAAGCUUUAUCUAGAUAUAUAUUUUCAAAGGUUGAAGAACUAAGCAAGAUAUCAGAGAUAGAUAAACAAUAUUCAUUACAGUGCUUCAAGUAUCAUCAAUGGUUAGAUGUCUCUGAUAUGAUAUUGAAAUAUCCAUAUCUGCUACUUGACAAGUUAAAACAUCCGAUCUACAGAGAUAGCAUAGCAUUUGCACUAAAAGAUGCUAGAGUUCUUGGAACCGGUGUCAUUGAAUCGGCAUGCGUUGCCGGUAAUCUUGAGAUUGUCAAACUACUGUGGAGUCAAGUGGAUCAUGAUCCGUUACCGUUGGAAGGUGCACUGGAGACAGCCAUUGAAUACGGACACAUCGAUAUCGUAUUGUAUCUCCACAGACAUGCAAUUAGUCUAGGACUGCCCGAUGGACAACGUUGUAGUUUCAAAUGCAUUCUCAAUCGAAUGGCAUACAACCCGAAUUUCAUUGCCAGCUGGUUCCGACUGUGGAAUAAAGACAAGAGUGAAGGUCAUUCCGCAAUGUUAGAGUUGUUUGGUGGAGACGAUUGCAACAGUGAAUUGGAUUGUGUCAAAACGAUGAUAGAUCAACUUGCUAAACCGAGUAUCUGCCAUAUCUUGUUCUUGGGUUGUUCGCUAUUCUAUCAGUUGGCGGCCAGUUAUAACUAUCAAUAUGUAGCACCAUUCGACAAUCUAGAUCAACAAUACAUGAGAGAUCUCUUCAAAGAUCGAUCGUUCCUUCAACAAACAUUCGAGGUUAAAGCAGAGAUUACAACUAUCUUGAUAAUGCUAUCAGAGGAACAGAAAGUACCAAAGUCAUCAGCAGAAGUAAACAUGAAAAUUAAGCAUCUUCUUUUGCAAACAACCGAUUUACAUUUGGAUCUUCAUACGAGUGACAAUUGGGAGUUGAUCUAUCUAUUCCUACGAUCGUUGAUUGUGACGAGUUCGGAUACUGGCUAUCUUGAUAGAAUGAUAGAGCUGGAGAUGUCACUUCCAGACAUUGGACACAACCAACUCAGAAAGAUAAUGAAACAAGCCGGUCACUCCAGAUAUCUUGUCUAUGGAUAUUCAGAUCUUGUUCAGCUGAGAAUCAUUCUUGAUCAAUCCAUUGACAAUCCAUUCAUCGUGGAUUUCUCCGAACUUUUACUACAUCUAGUGUCGAAAACCAAUCCGAAUAUCAUUGUUGCCGAAUAUCUUUUGGAUCAAUUAUUAACCAUAAACCCUGAAAUCGUUGGUCAUGUGUUGAACAGUCGUGUAGAACUCCAUUUAGAGUCAAGAGAUUCCUUCCUUUUUAUCUUUAAUCGGUUCAAUGAUCUCAAUAGUAACCUUUCGCUCAGUGUUCAAACGAUAAUGAAUAUCUUCAAUCAUCACGGGCUAUAUGAAGAGCUGGUGGAGUUGUGUGAAUCGAUCAUCACCAAAGAGGGUUGGUUCGUAAUGUUUGAAAAGGUUGUAUUUACAUCGACAGUACACGAUUGGCGAUAUCACCAUAUUAUGUCGCUACUCUCAUCGAUUGCUCCAACCAUUUCAUACGAUGAAAUCAGCAAUAGAAUUCAUCAAAGUAUUACAUUCACAUCCAAUAACUUUAGACAUCUCAAAGUUUUAUCGGAUCGAAACUUAAGACAGAAUCCAAUCGGUGUUAUUUUAAACACUGAAAAAAUGGGAGCAUUUGGAAACGUAGAGACUUACCAGCUUUUAAAAGAUCUUCAAAGCGAUCUCUCCAUAAAAAUAAUGGUACCCUCUUGGGAAUAUAAUGUAUUUUACUAUGCACAUGCCCACGGAAACCACAAGUGGAUCGAAUACAUUGGUUUGGAAGACUCUGAAUUCUCUUGUUCAACCUCGCAAUUCCGCAGCUAUGAAGAAUGGCUCGGUGAAAGUUUAAUCGAAAUACCUCCAAAAAAAUCAAGAAAAUUUGUGAAACAUCUUCAAAAUCUCUUUGGUUCAUCUAAUUUCGAUAUGAAAUCAAACAAACAAACAACCUUUGAACUUUCAAACUCAUCUUCUUUUAGUCAAAGUCCGUUCUUUAGUCAGACUACAAAUUCUGUUCAAUCAGUCAAUAGUCCAUACUAUAAUUGGGGAAAUAAUACUUCCAAUAGAUUUCGUUGA